UAUUUAAAAUGAGUUUCAUAGAAAUGGCCAAUGAACACCAAAGAGGUACUUGCGAGCAGAAAUCUGAUCAAAUCAAAACAAUAGGGAGUUAUGUGAUACAGCAGCCUAAAUAUGACCUUGAUGUAUACAGGAUGCCUUUCUUUGAAUCAACAGUUAGCAAGAAUUAUAAUCCCCUAGUAGAUAGCCUCAAGAAUAAAUACGAUAAAAUUUACAACUCUGGAGUAGAUUUGAAGUCAAUAGAAAAGACUAUGCUCGAAAAUAACCUCCUGACUCAGCCUUCAGGGAGUACUUAUCUCAAUAAGUUUGACACAAGUCAUUAUAAUGGCACUAUUCUGAGUCCACGAACUGUUCAGAAUGUUCAGCUAAGAGGGAUUUUAAAAUAACUCUAAUGGUAAGAAAGUCAGUUGGAUAGACAGUCCGAAAAAUACCGCUCCACUAUCUUCCCAGACAGUGCAGGCUUCAGCGUCUAGAUUGACCCCUUCCCAGCUUUCGAUGCCAAUUGAGGAGGUUAAUAAAAAUCCUAAACCAUAUACAGGGGUUGAGUCUAUUUCAGGAGUAUAUAAGCCUGCUGUUCUUCCUUCAAAUAAAUAAAACUGUCAAGUUAGGAAAUACUUUCAUUGCUCUCAAUAACAAGCCUGAUCCUGAAAUCAUUGACCAACUAGGAGGGAUCACUAAGACUAUUGAUACGAUGGAAGAAACUUUGAAAAGUCAUGAGCUUCGUCCUUAUGAAUACUGAAAGGUUACUUAUGAGCCAUUUCUGGAACAACAAUACCAAACAUCUGGACUUUCAAAUAAGCAGGUUAAUAAGCAUCCGGAAAUUGACUCAGAUUCUGCAAGUGAGUUUUUUGGAAGUGCUAGAAGUAAGUCAUCCAAUGCAGAAAAGCCUUCUUCUGCUAGAAUCAUGAGCUGAUCUCCCUUUAGAGCAUAUAAGCAGUUAGAUUAA